GCAGACCACUGAACAGUUUUUUCUUUAAAAAUGACACAAACGAUGUCCCGGACAUCAAAGAAAAGCAAAGAAACUUAUCAUACGUAAUACAAGUUGCUUAAUUCAUUGUUACUUUCAUAAGAUCGAAAGAAAGAACUAGGAUGGUAUAUGUAACGUACAUGACGUAUUGCGUGUAAACGCAAUAUGGCCGGCUUUGUCGAGUUCGUGACUUUCGGAAUGUAACAUGGAAUAACUCGCUGUGUAGAGAUUAAAUGGCCAGUUUACUCGGCCAUUUGCACUUGUGGUCAUUGAGGAAGUUUUCCAACAAGACAGGUUCUGAUAUAGGAACACAUAUUUACCACGACAAAGCUUCUGGGACAGGCUCAGCAGGGGACCCACCUUACUCUGAACAAAAGAGACUUUGGGGAGAGGAGAGGGGAGUGUCAUGGACACCAAAAAAUCGCAGACCAGAGAAGCUAAGAGAUGUGCUUAAGGAGUGUGAGGAUUUGUUACAGCAGAACAGAGUCCUUGAUGUUCGAUGGAGAACUUUGAGAAACAUUCAGGUGCUACUUAGUAAUGGGUCUUUGAUUUCUAUCUUGGUGUCCUCCUCUUGUGGCGAUAUUGAAAAAAUCUCUCUUGACAAGACUUUGACUGGAAAAGUUCCCGAUGCAAUAAACAAAGCAAUCCUCAGAGACUCUUUUCUAUUGUUUUCGCUAAAGGAAAAGCUUAAACUUUGCUACAUAUAUUUUAAUAAAAAACCUAGCCUGGACUUCAAAAAGCUGGAGAAAAUGUCAGCAAUGGAGCCAAAGACUUUGUAUGUUGAUCUGCCUGGGCCAUCAAGUAAGAGACUUGACAGACAGUUGUCAGUCAACUAGCGCCAAGACAUGGCACUGGUUUGGUGGUCUGGCCAUAGUGAAGAGGCCUGGCCAUGGUCUCCAGUGACAACUGAAAAGGACAGAGCAAACAUGGCCAUCUUCAGUUUGAAUGGGCCAAAGAUUGAGAUGCUGUCCAGUGUUAGAUCAGACUCGGAACCCUUGCAUGCUUCCUUCAGGAAUGGCCAUUUUGUACAACAAAUUGUUCAACAAAGAAACUAUGCUGAGGACAAGCUACUGCUGGGGUGUGAGGAUGGCACUUUGAUGCUGUAUGAUGAUCACAGGCGAGUUACUCAGAUGACGAAAGGAAGUUUGAUUCCUUCAAUUAUUCAAUGGCAUCCUGGUGAUGCUGUGGUGUUGGUGUGUAGUGCUGAUGGAGAUAUCAAGGUAUACGACAUGGCGUUAGCUCCAGUCCUUAUUCAACUUUUGGCAGAAAGUCCCUCUCCACUAAACACAUUGAAACUCCGUGAAUACUUUCCAAACCCAGUGAAAAUGAAUAAAGUGUCCUGGUCAUGUGAAGCUCCUGUUGGUAACCUCUCAGAUAACAGUUUAUGUUGCCAUGACAACUUGAUAGUCUUGUUUGACAGGGGACCUUUGUGUUUGUUGAGACUUGAAUUAGGUGUGUUGACGAAUGGACGACUUGGCACAGUGGAACUAGUGUCAGAAUACAUCAAACAUGAACAAGCUGAAGAAGCAGUGAACUUCCUUAACAGUAUGAACUGGAACACCGAAGGGACUGCUUGUUUUGCAUGCAUGUCAAUUAUUAUGAAUUAUCUACUAAAACUUCCACUGAACUGUGAGAGGGAAGGUCUUCUAGAAGAGACACUUGGUAGUUUUUAUGCACCCAGCCGGCCACUGUCAGAUGAAACAGUUCUACAUCACAGAGAUAUGAUCAGCAAAUUGUCCAGAAGAUUCUUUCAUCACUUGCUUAGAUUUAGAAGAUUUGAAAAGGCAUUUCUAUUAGCUGUGGACAUUGGAGCAAAAGACCUUUUCAUGGACAUUCAUUAUCUAGCAGCUGAUCUUGGUAAUUUGCCGCUUGCUGAAGUAGCAAAGCAAAGAGCCAUACAAAUUGACAAUGAAUCCUUAACAUCAGCUGGGGCUUGAUGAUUCUUCAGAGAUGGCAAAUCCUGCAGGAACACUGAAAAUUGUACAUUUUGGGGCAGUUUAGUUCAAUUAUCAUCCUCAUACCCUUUAACUCCAAAGAUCUAACAGUUUAUUCUCCCCUCUAGCUGUUUUACAUUUCCCAGAAAAUUAGUAGGAAGAGUUUGGUAAUAGAUCAAAAUAGAAACUUCUACCUGAUAACUUUAAAUACUCUCAUUACCUGUUUGCUGGAUAAUAUUUGGAUAUCAUUGGGAGAAGUUACAUGUUAAUCACUUCUGGUAGUUAGAGGGUUAACUACAUUUUUCUUCAAAACUCUCAAGUAUAAAUCUCAGAGAUAUCACCCUCAAGAGAUAAGUAUCAGUCAAACAAACUAGAGUAUCCAUUGCCGUUAUUUUCUGGAUCUGGAUCACAAUUUAUUUGGCAGAUAUAAUUAUUUUAUUUAUCCACCCUUCUUACAGCCAUUUUUCCCAAUAUUUUAUAUGGAAUUUUCCUUCUUUUAUACAGCAUUUCCUAUAAAUUUGAUGAAUUACCAAGAAAGCUAUCUCAAGUUGAUGAGCUCAUCAAUUCUCAUCACCUUACAAUAGGAUAGUGUAUUGAAACUUCACAGGAGAGGUUACAUUUGAAUCACUUCUGGUGAUCAGAAUGUUUAUUAAAUAAUCUACAGAGUGUGUUGACUUCAAGUUCACAUUCUUUGUUCUUUUGGAAAGUUGCAUCUCAAAUAUUAACUUUUGAUGUCAAUUUAUUUAUUGUUUAUAAUUUUGUUCCAAGUUCUUUGCUACAGCAGCAGCGUUCCCACAUUCUAAUCAAAUUAAUUAUAUUUAUACUGUUUUUACAUCAAAUCCAUUUUUGCAAAUUGGUUAUCUUGUUAAUUGUACAGGUAUAAAUACACUAUACAUUUUCAAAACAUAUUUUACACAAAAUAAUAUACAUUUUGUUAGUAAAUUAUUUGUAUACUAAGUGCAUUGUACUUACACGUUAAGUUGUUCUAGUUAAGCAAUACUUUGGCUUUGUGAGUUUGUACAAAAAAAAUUCCAGAUAAAAAGUUAAAUAAAAGUUCAACACAUA